AUGGUUUACAUUGGCCCACCAAAAUCAGAGGAAGAAAGAGAAUUGGAUAGCAGUACCAUCAGUACUAGUGCUAUUGGUGCUUCAACUGCCGAUCAUGAUAGUGAUGUUGCACCUUCGGAUAACAAUUCUUCAUCACAACUACAAAUCGAAACAACUAGCAUAUCAAAUGAUAAUAAUUUGAUUGAUCCAACUAUUCAAUCACCACUUAUUAAUGGUUAUGAUAAAUAUUUUAAUAGUGUAGAUUAUAAUAAGAAUACAACAACUAUUGUUGAUAAUAAUAUGGAAACUCAUCAUGCUAGAAAAUUGGAUAGAAAUGACGAAGAUGAAUAUUUGGAUUUUCUGGAAAAAUCAUUGGAGGAAGAGCAAAAGUUUAUUACAAGUGACAUGAUUGAAUCAGCUGAACAAUUAUUGGAGACAAGUAGUAAUGAAAAGGAGAGAGCACAGUCAUCUUUCACAUUGGCUAUUCUAUAUGUCAAGUCAGGAAAUGAAGCUUUAAUACAUAAAGGAAUUAAACUGUUAGAAUCAAUCCUAAGAGAUCACAGUGAUAUAUUUAAUGAAAUUAUGGUUGAUGAUUCGUCACAUUAUAAGAGAGAUUGUUUAUAUUUGAUUUCAUUGGGAUUUUUCUUUUUAAGGGAUUAUGCAAAGGCCGAAUCAGCUGUUGCAAAGCUUUUAGAUUUUGAUUAUCAAAAUGAACAAGGUCUUAGGUUGAAGUCCCUCAUCAAAAGAAAGAAAAAGAAGGUGGAAAGAGAUGGAAUGAUAGGACUUGCUCUGGCAGGAGGUGCAAGUUUAGCUAUUGGAGGUGUACUUGGGUUGGGCGUUUUAGCUUUAGGUCUUUUGAAGGCAAAAAGAUAA